AUGACGCAACCGCCAGGCAAAUCCAUAGAGAGGAUCGAAACCGCAGACGAAUACGGCCGUCGAGAAAAGUGCUUCAUCAACCACAGACGACAUCCUUAUACCUUUCAAUCCCAUAUACCAAGCAUCCAAAGCACGAAGCAGGUGACUGGCAAAGAUGGAUUGGUAGCCCAGCAUGGGCUCAGGAUCGCCGCUCUCCCGAACCCGCGAUUGUGUGAAGACAUAUUUGAUCAGGACCAAUGUCAUAGCAAGGAUCUCGAGAGAUUCCUUCAAGAUUCGCCUUCGAAGCUCUCUUUGUCUUAUUCUGGCGAUCUUCUCAAAGAUCUUUAUGUACCUGUCGAUGAACUGGACCUAGGCUCCAGUCCUGAGAACGACCUCCAGGAAUACCUGCAAGAUGUUCGAGCCAAGAGGAACAGAAACCCCUUUCGACAAUGGCUUCCAUUAGCUCACACAAGAACCGAGAGAGAUGAGGGGUUCAAUUUUCCGCCUGAGAUGGAGCGGCUGUGGGCACAGCUGAAUCGAGAACUUGACGUGGACAAACCAGUCUUGUCAGAUGCUGCGAAGGAUCUUUUGAGCGCACAAAGCAAAUCGCUGUCAAUGCUGGAAUACAAAGACCUUUGCACUCAACAAACAAAUAUUCUGACGAUUAUUCAGUAUCAGUAUAGCUGUCUGGACCCUAUCUCGCCUCCCUUGUCUCCUGUAUCCGAUGAUGCUGAACCAUUCAUUCCCGACGCAGGUACGGCAGUGAUUGAUCUUUCUUCAGAGCCAAGCACCCCUGGACGGUCUGUUGUCGAGGAUAUUGAGCGUGAUCUCGACUCUGACCCCGUCGUUUCUUCCACUUUCAUGACUUCUCCUUCCACUGGAGAUUUACCUCGACUCAUCCAAUCGUGCCACUCCGUGAUUCAGGAUACCAAAACCGAAGCACCUCUCGUAAGUACGAGCUCAGAUGCUCCAACUGAAGACAAUCCUCUUGCCGGUGUCCACUUACCCCUGGUUGGUGACGGCGAGGAGGGAGCCAUCAACCUGCUUGAGGAAAAGGGACAAUUUGAAGAUGCAUUCAUGACAUUGCUCGAGGACAGACAGUAUUAUGCCAACCAGUUGGUGAGCCAAGAACGUUUUGAUCCGGCGGAUUCCACGUGUCGUAUUCCCGUCCCUCUGCUUGAUUUCGACAUCCCGCCCCCUGAGUGGGCCAUUGGACACCUCACCGCGAAGAUGCAUUUCAUGUUCCUGAGAAAAAGUACGCCGACUACCUACGAACUGUCACCUGUAUCAAGGGAUCCACGCUCUGAAAAAUCCCUCCGAUGGGCGUUUUUCCCACCACAGAAGGAGCACCCAAUGCUGAAUGAUGGACUUAUGGUACCGGAUGAUACCCUUGCAAAAUACCUUUCGGAGGAGGAAACAUCUCACUUGAGCAGUCGCACUUUCGUCUCGAUUCAGCAGGAUCUGGAAGUCUUUCGCCUUCAAGAGGAUGAAGAAAUAGAAGAGACAUUCUCACAGGAUGUUGAAGCUGAUGAAGAGCAGCUCAUCAACACCCAGCCAACUGAGAAUCCGAUUACGACCCCCUCGGUACAAGGCAACAUAUCCAAGGAGAUGAAAACCCAAUCCUUACCUGAACUCAACGGCCCACUUCGUAGGAAGCAUGACGACGAUGCCCUGAGACUUUUGCCGAGAUCUUAUGACACAAGUGCUACGAGUAUCCUCCUCCAUAAUUUUAUGGAACUACGGGGUAUAAAGCGACCUCGACUCAAUACCGAGCCUCCUGCAGCGAGUCAACCUCGGGAUGCCUUACCGCCUAAAUCUGCCAGAGAAGAAGCGGAAAGCAACGACCGUGAAGCAACACUCUCUGGGGUAGCUAAAGAGAUGCUUCCGGCAGCAGUUCCUCAGUUUGAACUUCCCUCAGAGAAGGCUUCCGUUAUCGUCUCAGUGGAUCUUUCAAGACAGAUAUUGAGAAGGAUGGAGAGUUCAUGGGCUCCGGAGAACCUGAUUGACGUAGAUCACUCUCGCCACAACACACAGAGCUGGCCGCCAGGCGCUUCUCGUCCCAAAGAGGUCAUCUCCCCUCUAAGCUUCGAAGCAGACAUAUCCCUCUCGCCAAGCACAGGAAUCAUCAUCACCAACAUCCUCAAAGUGAGGCAGCGUCCUCUUCCAGGCUCCCAACAUCUAGCUCCACUACGAGAGCGCGUACAAAAAGUCAGCCAAAAAUACGAAACCCUCAUCGUCCUCGUCUCAGAGACAAACUCCCAAGGCGAAUUCAUGGGGACACUAGCGCCAUCAGAUACAGCAGCCUAUGCAGACUUUGUAGGUUUCGCAGCGGCAUUGGGGGGAGAUGUGGAUGUGCACUUUGUCCCGGAGGCGACGGGCACGAUGGGUUCGUGGGUCUUGGCCUACAUGUGUCGGUAUUCCUCGCAGUGUGUGGCUGCCCUGUCGAGGUUCUUGGCCUCGGAAGAGACGCCGUGGGAAUUGUUGCUUAGACGAGCUGGUAUGAAUGUCUUUGCCGCAAAGGUUCUUUCCAAAACCCUGUUUGAGCAGGCUGGGGAGUCGGGAUUGGCUGCGUUUCUCAAUAUGCCGGUUCGUGAGCGGGUGAGGAGAUAUGGAUCUCUCCUCGGUGGAGAAAAAGUCCUGCUGGUGACAGGAAAGGUAUUGGAUCGGAGAUGGGGAGACUGA